AUGAAUGGAUUGGACGCCUUGGGUAUAAUCUCAUCACAAGAUAGUGACAUCCUAACAGACUUGAUUGAUGCUGAAUCGAUGUCAAAUGUAAAGUUAGCGCCAAAUAAAAGAAAACUUGAUGAUAUCGUUAAAGAUGUCAUUAAAGAUGUCGAUGAUACUGUUAUCGAAUCACAAUCACAUGACCAUGAUCGACAGGCUUGCAAAAAAGCUUCUCUGCCUGCUCCCGAGAUACGAUUAUCAUCCCUUUCGUUCAAGGCAAAACCACGUGAAAGUAAACCCAAGACCAUUUAUAAACUUAUUUUGCCAAGUAAUAAACCGAACAUCACCGGUAACAUAACGAAAAAUUCUAAAUCCAAGAAAGGAUUGGAUUUACGCGUGCCUUCGCAAAGAGUACCCAUCACAUCAAAAGAGCGAAAUCCUCUACCGAAGCGUGGAAGGAAAAAGAAAUACUUAGAAAACUCUACUUUAUCAUCCUCUCUACCGUCCGACUCUCAUGGGAUCUUUUCCGGACUCAAUAUUUUGUACAUUCGAAAUGAUAUUGACACUGUUCGCCUGGAUCUGAUGAAAGAAAAAGUAAAGGCCAAAGGCGGAAAGAUAGUCGAUUCCUUCGAUUCAAAUGUUACUCACGUGAUAACCUCACUUCCGAGAAAAAAUGUGCACGAUGCCUUAGGUCUUAUCAAUAAGAAAUGUCUUGAGGGAGUUUUUGUCCUUCAACCAAACUGGAUAUCCAUGUCCAUUACUUAUAACAAACUUGCGGAUGUAAAUUUUUACGUUGUGCCAUUAUCGGAGGAAUCCGAUUUGAAAGAAAGCAAAGGUUCAUCAAACUCCCCAACGACUGGUGCAAAGAGAACGCGAGAUAAUGUGGUUGAUGAAGAUAGCGAAAAUAAAAGAAUUAAGAAGCAAACCUUAUCUUUAACUCCAGAAAGAGAUCGUUCUCCCUCACUAUCACAAGAGUCCAGUAGUGAUAGCCUUACCCUUCUACCCACAAUACCACCUUCCUCUACCGAGAACACCCACAUGAUCUCUGAUUAUAAUGACCCAUUGUUGGAGAUGAUCAGAGAGGCCAAGCAUCUUACCGAGGAGGGCCUCUACUUGGACGAGGAAAAAGAUGAAGGAAUUGAAUUUCUUCGGGGAAGACUUUUGGAAAAUGAGGGAUCGAUGUUAUUAAGUCAAAACGAGCUUAUUGGAAAUAAUGAUGUAGACUUCGAUUCAUCCUGA